UUGAGUGAACACAAACUUAUUUUUGAACUCUCCUUGUCCGCAGAAGAAGCUACCAGUCCAGAAGGCGGCGUGAAGGAACGGGGCGAGCGCGGGGAGGGGCAGGACUUGGGCGAGGCGUCCCGCACUGCCUCCCCCGCGUCACACGCCUCCCCUGCGCCCGACGAGAGAGAUGACAUCGAGCACAGCAUCCCAGCGACCCUGAUACAGGACCCUAAUGCUGAAAGGGAGAGCCCGAGAUGUCUAUCGCGGGAGUCAUCGGGUGCGCCGCGAUGUCCCUCCAACGACUCCGUGUACUCCGGAAGGAGUGCGCCAGGGCUGCCCCUUCCCGCGGCCCUGACAGCGGCCCUCCCGGCUGCCCUCCCGGCCGCGCUGCUGCCGCCACACUCGGCCGCAGUGGCGGCGUACCUGGGCGCGGCAGCCGCGGCCGCGCAACAGCGACUCCUCAUGUCCUGUCAAGAAGACCUCAUCGACUCAGAGCGCUCUGACGCUGUCCUCGACUUCAGCACAAAACGCAGUGAGUCCCCGCAGGACGAUGACGACGAUGACGACGCCGUUAACCUCAGCAAAACGCUCGAGAACGGUCCUCUCGAUCUCUCCGUUGGGACCAGGAAACGUGGGCCCGAGGACUCGCCGUCCCCAGUUCCCACGAGAAAAAGUUCCCGACCGGCUGAGUUUAAGCCCACACCGUCACCCUGGUCGACGCCGGUAGCGCCGCACUUGCCGUACUUCGCUGCAGCGGUCGCUGCAGCUAGCUUAUCUCCGAAAGGCGGCGUACCUGCUGAGUGGAACGGGAAGUUAAAACAUGGUGCGCCCACGCCAAGCGAUGCGACAAAAGCGUUAGAAAAGAUGAGCGAAUUGAGUAGGUUAGGCGGCGAAGAACUGUUCAGGUCUGUCCAAAACGCAGCUUUGGGCGCUGGACUGACGCCGAACGCAGCUGCUCGUCACUCCGCCUGGCAGUCACACUGGCUCAACAAAGGAGCCGAUCAGACUAAGGACGUGCUCAAAUGCGUUUGGUGUAAGAAGAGCUUCAAUUCCCUCGCGGACCUUACUGUACACAUGAAGGAGGCGAAACACUGCGGUGUAAAUGUGCCAGUCCCGCCAUCGACGGGAGCACCUUUACCUCCUUCGCUGCAGCCGCCUUCGAGCUCACCGUCUACACCAUCUCACAAUUCGACAUCUUCCAGUGGCUCUUCGAAGCCGAAUCAUAGCGAUCUUAAUAUGCUCAUUAAAGAAAAUAUGCCAAUACCUAGAAAGUUAGUUCGCGGGCAGGACGUAUGGCUCGGUAAGGGAGCUGAACAAACCAGGCAAAUUUUAAAAUGUAUGUGGUGCGCAGAAAGUUUUCGAUCUCUAGCCGAAAUGACAAGUCACAUGCAGCGUACGCAGCAUUAUACAAAUAUCAUAUCUCAGGAGCAGAUUAUCUCAUGGAAGUCAUCCGACGACGGUAAAGGCUCCAACUCGAACGCCCCGGGUUCUAAUAACGCUGUUCCGCCGACCACAGGCACUAGUAGUCACGUUAGCGCCGUAUUAACUUGUAAGGUUUGCGAUCAAGCGUUCAGUUCCUUGAAGGAACUAAGUAAUCAUAUGGUAAAGAAUUCGCAUUAUAAAGAACAUAUUAUGAGGUCUAUUACUGAAAGCGGUGGUAGGAGACGACAAACGCGUGAAAAGAGGAAGAAGUCAUUACCGGUUAGAAAACUGUUGGAGCUCGAACGAGCUCAACAUGAGUUUAAGAAUGGGGAAGGCAAUGGAGUUCCGAUGGGCAAACCUAUCAGGGACUUUAGCGCGGGUAGUAGAAUUACUUGUGAAAAAUGCGGCGAUAAAAUCGAAACAGCUGUAUUCGUCGAGCAUAUUAGGCAGUGUAUCGGUGGCCCUAUGUCGAAUAGCCAAAGGAAUUUCCUUAAAAGCGCGCUUCUCUCCAACAAUAUCAUACCACCUGAUGUUCCCGGUCAUAUCACGCCGACAAGCCGCGAUGGUCGUAAAAGUAUCAACGAGGAACUGCCCUCUCCUGGUUCCGCUCACCAUCGUUCUCCAUCUUCGGUGAACGAUUCAUCCCCAAGUUCCAAAGACGCGAACGCGAGCAAUGACAAAAGCUCGUCACCAUCUGUAUUAAACGCCAUAGAACAAUUGAUCGAAAAGAGUUUCGAUACUCGUUCACGGCAUUCCGUUCCUGGUAUGCCCGGUGCCCCAUCCCACGCUCCUAUCGGUUCUAGUAUCCUUAAAAGAUUAGGCAUAGACGAGAGUGUAGACUAUACCAAACCAUUGGUAGACCCACAGACGAUGAGUAUGUUAAGAAGUUAUCACCAUCAGCAAGGGUACGGGCGUCGCGAGCGCAGUGGCAGUGAGUCAAGCUCGAUGUCGGAAAGGGGCGGUAGUAGGGUUGAAUCUCUCACUCCCGAUAGGAAAUUAGACGCGUAUCACAUGACGCCUCGCACGACACCUGACACGCGAGGCUCACAAACUCCCGCUUCCGAAGAUCGUCCCGCUGAAGUUAGAAUAAAGAAAGAGGUAACGGAUGAGGACGAACGCGAGAGCGGUGUCGAUUUGAGCAAUCAAACGGUUCGCGUUAAAACCGAAGUGGAGGAGGAAGAAGAGCCGGCUAGGCCGAAUAGUGCGACGGAAGAGGAUGUAAAACCGACAAUCCCAAAGCGCGAAAGCGAAGGCCCUAGUCCAGCAGCUAGUCCCCGAAGUCCAUCAAGCGAUCGGUCCGGACCCACUCCGGGUUCAGACAGAAAGCCGGCUUCCAGUUUAGGCGCGCUUUCGUCUAUGUUCGAUAAUUUAGCUGGAGGUGGGUCCAAUGAGCCCAGCUCUUCUCGCCGGGGUGGGAGUCAUCCUCUCGCGGCUUUGCAGAAGUUGUGUGAUAAAACGGAGAGCAAUCCUUCACGAGCCCCGCCCCCGGCGCCACCGCCCGCUGGUCCUCCAAGCAUCUUGACAUUUAGUUGGGCGUGUAACGAUGCCGUCGUCACAGAUUCAAUAAUGAAGUGUGCUCUCUGCGACACUCCAUUCAUCUCAAAGGGCGCUUACCGGCACCAUCUUUCUAAAAUGCAUUUCGUAAAAGACGGCGCUUUACCAGAGCCAGUCCCCGUGAAAGCUCCACAAGCAGCUGGUUCGCCUGGUGCCCACAAGGGUGGCGGUUCUAACGCCGCUUCACCCCAAGACCCUCGAAGUCCCUCCCAGUCCUUCGAAGAGAGCCCCCACUCCAAAUUUCUCAAGUAUACGGAACUCGCGAAACAGCUAUCCAGCAAAUACGUGUAG